CGGGGGUCCGCCUAUGGUACUCAGCCAAGAACCAGUCAGUCACGAACUGAGCUGCUUCUCCCCACACUAUCUAAAGGUUUCGUGGCUCAAGAAUCAAAUAAAAGUUAAAAUUGCAAAUCAGUUUGGAAAUGAGAUUCAUCACCCCAUAAAUUGAGUCAUAUAUUAUUAUAGUAUUAGUAUUUGUGAAAAUGGCUCUUCACCUAACUUCCCUUUCUCCCUUCACCGCCACCACCAGCCUCUCUUUCUCUUCCACAAAUAUGAGCUGGCCACGGCGCACAAAAGCGAUACGGCUGGUGGCGUGUAGCAAUGCCGCGGUGUCUAGAUACGGCCGAGUUGCUUAUGAAUAUGAUCCGGAGCUUCGCAUAGUGCUUGAACUAGCCACGGACGCCGAGUUAUAUGAGCUUCAAAGAAUCCUUUUUGGUCCUAGCUACUUUAGUCCCUUGUUAAAGUCUGUAAUGAAUAGAGAUGAUGUGGAGAAUGUGAUGAUUGAAGAAGAUGUUGAGGAGCGAGAAGCUUUUAUCGCAGCUCUUGAAUCGCGUUUCUUAUUCCUUGCAGCAGAUGCCCGCUCAACGUUAAGGGGUUGGAGGCCUUCGUAUAAAAACAUCCUGCUCUCUGUGAGGAAAAAAUUGAAUAUUCCUUGCUCAAGUAAAUUGUCCACUGAAGACCUUGAAGCCGAAAUUUUCCUUCAUCUUUUGAGGGAUUACUCAAGUGAUGAAUCAGGAACUUUUCCGGGCUUAUGGGAAAAUAAUAAUAUUUCCGACAUACAAAAUAGUCUAGAACUGGGACUUAGCCAGUGGAAGGUGCAGGUCAUUGCUGCUGCUAAAGUUGGGGCAGCUGGGUUUCAAUCAAUGAUUUUGAAGGGUGGUGGUAUGCUUACUUUGGCAAAAAUUUAUCAAUUGUUGACGAAGAAAUUGUCUGGAAAGCUGUUUCUGGAAGCGGCCAACUAUUUGAUGAAAAAGGAAGCUCUUAAAAAGGGGGGACAGGUAGCUGCUAUUAAUCUAGAAUCUAGAGCAGCCUUGCUUGCAGCUAAGCAGGGCUUUGCAGGUGCUGCAUCCAGAUAUGUGGGUUUGAGGAGUAUGAUGAGUUUACUUGGCCCACUGUUGUGGGGAACAUUUUUGGCUGAUGUUGUCAUUCAGAUGCUAGGAACUGAUUAUGCCAGAAUCUUGCGAGCUAUCUAUGCAUUUGCACAGAUCCGUAUCACCCGAACAUACCGGUUACCCUGCGAAGAUGACUGAGUAGGUGUUAGAUGUUCAGGAUAUUCCAUGUAUACGUUCUCCAGUAGUAGAAACAGAGCUUUAGUUUGGAAUUGAAGCUCAGUGAUCUUGUAGGUACAUUCAAAUCUAUGAAUGUUUUUACAUCAUAAUAUGUGCAGUUUAGUUGUCCCUUUUACCAGCACCUUUAAGUAGCCGUUUUACAGCUUAACUACAAACAACUUCUGUUUGCACAUUAAUUUUGAAUUUUGUAGUUGGACUGUGGAAAUUGAAGAUACUACUAAUCUUUCAGUGCAACGGAGGACAAGGUUUACUGAUUUACAACUACAACUUAUCUGGCCAUCUAUAGUGUUAGUAACUGCGUUAAGAUUUAAAUGAUUUAUGCUGUAGAAAUUGCAUAAUUAUAAAACCUUAAAAUAGCACCAAUUGUCUAAAUAUUGGAGAGUUUCCUAGGCUGGUUGAAGAAAUUUUUAUGUCUAACAUGCUAUGUCUAAGAGAAGUGGUAUCCUUUAAUCAUGAUGCUACUGAGGAAAGUUCAUCUGUUUUUGUCCAAUAGGCUUAUUGCCUAUUCCAUCAAGGCAAGAUUCCCUUCUGAGCCACCAUCACAUAUAAGCUUUCAGCAACGGAGGAAUAAUAAAAGGUUGAUGAUAUAUGUUCUUGGUCAAAACAUGAUUUUCCUGUUUUCUACUUUUUUUUUUUUUCUGGAAGUAUAUCUUGUGGUAUAAAGAGCAUCUGUACCAUUAUUCUGUUGAUGUAAAAGAAAAAAUGAAGAGGUCAGGACAUACAUAUGCAUCAGUGUCUUAGAUAAGUUAAUUCUAGAAGUUGAUUAAAAAUAAAGAAAUACGGAGCUUGGCGCUCGUGGUUCGGGAU